AGUGAUAGAUAGGAGCAGUAUGUAUUCUAAUGCAGUGCCAAAUAACUAUUUUCUCAGAAUGAUUCACUCCCAAAUAGAGGUUUUCACUGUUGCAAUCCACCUGACUGCAUUUGAGCUGGGUUUCAUCAAUGCAUUGCAGCGUACAACUUCUCCCAUCGGAUAGACCAUUUGUCUUUCGGAGAAGAGAUCCCCGGCAUCAUCAAUCCUCUGGACAGGAUAGAGAUAAUCACCAGCAACCGAGCGGGUGAUAAACCAUGCGGCGGGCAGCCACGGUGUGUCUGGGAUCUUUAUGAAGUAUGACACCAGCUCUCUGAUGGUGACGGUCAGUGAGCAGCACAUGCCCCUCUGGCAGUUCCUGGUACGACUCUGUGGCAUCAUCGGGGGUAUCUUCUCCACCACAGUCUGCUGUCGCUUCAAACUAGGCCCAUAUAAACCCAGAGAGGUGGUUCUCCCAGAUGCCCAUGUGAACAACCGUGCUGCUCCGCUCCUGACACGUACAGGAGUAGCCCUCUGACCUGCGCCCAUAUCCACAAAGCUCUCUGAGUAGGAGUGCUGAGCUUGGAUCAGUUUCACCCUUUUGGAUCAUAAGAUAAGAUUAUAUGGACAGAUCCUAGAUCAGCAUUCCUACUGUGAGACGCUUUGUGGAUAUGGGACCUGGAGCCUGCUGCUGAUUCUGCACCUACUGUUCCUUCACCUGUGGGGGAAUCCAGGAAGAGAAGUCUCCAAUCACAAGUAUGUGGAUUGCUGGGAGUUUGGUUUGAACCAAAUAAGAGUAAACUGAUUAGGAUCCGACAAUCAUAAUUGUUCAAUUUAUUGUUUUGGACAGUAUCCUCAUGACGACCAUUAUAAUAUAUUUAUAUCCUGUAAAUAUGUAUUUUACACUGGAAAAUAGAAAGCAGCUAGCAGUUUUAUCAGGCUUGUAAAGGUAUUGGGAUGUUGUCAUCUGUAAGUUAGGCUGAAUGAAAUCUGAUCCUCCUAUGUUAUCAUUCAUACUAUUAACUUGCAUGUCAUGUUUGUUCUAUUUCUAUCUAUUUGCACUGUUGUUCAGUAUCUGCUUCACAUCUGUCAAUGGGAGAUGUCCUAUUACAUGUGUUUUAGUACACUUCAUCACUUCAUGUUGUACACUUUACAUUCAUUUAAAUCUCUCUCGUUUGGUAUCCCACUAUCUUCUGGUGAUGGUGCGUGCUCUAAGCCUGCGUUUACACAAGCAGUCCAUUUUGGAUCUUUUAUUCCACUAAUUGGUCUUUUGACCAAUCACAUCACAUCUUUUCACAUCCAAUCUUUUCAGAUCUGAUUGGGCAAAAGACCAGGUCGUUUUUAAAAAGAUCAGAAUUGGGCUGCCUGUAUAUAAACGCAGCCACGGAAGUAGGCUAAAUCUAUUUU